CAAUCACGAUUUUGUCUGGAGUUUCGACACACUCGAUAUAACAAUGCCGAUUCAAGACCACUUCUCACUGCCUCCCUCCGCACAGGAUCUGCAACUUCCCACCGACCCAGCAGCCAAACUCUUCAUCUGCUUCAUCUCCUCUAUAGACCCCACAACACACCAAUCAUGGUGUCCUGACGUCCGAGCUGCGCUGCCGCGUGUGCAGAAGAUGUUCUCCGGCGCAGAUGCACCGGAAGUGGCGUACGUGCAUGUUGGGCAGAAACCCGAGUGGAAAGACAUGGAGAAUGUGUACAGGAAGAAGUGGGAUGUCAAAGCUGUUCCGCAAUUGGUGCGGUACCAGCGUGUGGAUGGGGAAGUGAAGGCGACGGGAAAGUUGGUGGAGAACGAAGUCAACGAUGACGGGAAGUUGCUUGCUUUCGUCAGUGGUUGAAUAGACCUGACUGGGAAAAGAGUGGGUUGAGGAUGGCGGCAGGCACUAAAACUUCUAUCAGUGGAUCAAUCGCAAAUAAU